UCACGAGAUCCCCCGAGAACAAACGCCGGGAAAAAAUAUUGCAUCGAUAUCAUUGUCAUGACAAUAAGGCUGCAGUCGUAUUUUGCUCGCUUUUUCCCCGGGAGAAUGAAAAUGCAUUAUUGUGUAUCAAAGUGCUUGAAUAUUUCAUCAACUAAAAACAAUUUGCCGGAGAACAUUUUAAUGAAGCCUGCAUCUAUGCAGAAGAGAUUAAUUGUGGAGAAUGGAGAUGCUUUUUCCGGGUUUUAAGAGAUGGGCUACAUGUGAGUGAUGCGCGCGGUCAGCAUUUCGUAGUCUCGAGAAGAUUUCCGACGUGUUUGCUCACUAUUUUUGUUAUUAAGGAGGGCGGGGCCCAUUUGUUCGAUCUGUUUUUACCUGUUAGAAAUUAUUCCAGUUGUGACUAGAUUUCCACCAAUGAAAAUCGUUCAUAUAUUUCACUUGUGGAGGCCAUCUUAAAUAGUUUACUCCUGGGAGAUUUGUGUGAAUAGCUGUACAUUUUCUCAUCAAAGGAUCUGAGGAUGGCACAGGAAAUCAUUGACCUAGAAGACAUUGUCCGAAAGUGGGUGAACGACUUCCCGCUGGAUAAAAGUCAGAAAAGGGACGCAGACGACAUUCUGUCGGCUGACAUCAAUUGGCGUUAUAUGCGCGUGCGUCAUGGGAAUACGGAAUAUUACGAUCAGAUCCGAGGCAACACUCCGAAAACGCACGUUCUUUUCACCGCGCAUUUCAGCAACGAAACGAACCAGAACCAAGUUUACACUUUGAAAACAGAACGCCGAACAAAAUCCACGUGUGCAAUUUCUUUACAGAAGACUUAUACAUACGGUUUCAACAUAGACCUGAAAUUGACCCCGCCAAAUCCUAUCAUCGAGGCGAAUGCAGGGUUCAAAGGUGAACUAGGUCUGUCAAAAUCAGCAGACGAGACAUUCGAGGAAGAAUUGGUUUGGUCCGUGGAUAAUCAGAUUACGGUCCCGGCUAAAUUCAAAACCAAAGCAGACCUGGUAAUAAAGGAGGACGAAUACACCAGCCAUUUCAAAACCGAAAGUAAAUUUGAGGGUAAAAUUCAUGUGACAUUACGAAACAAAAAGGACAAUACACCCUUAGCGACCGUAAGUGGUGAUGUCAAGCAAAUUUUUACCCAGGAUAAAGGAUUCCGGGUUGAUAAGACCGGGGUGUAUUUUGUGACAAUUGGAAAGUGUAAGUGUAGGUUUGGCAUUGAGCAACACGUCCGACUGAGUCAGCACGAAUUAUCCGACUCAGAGGAUUUAGAUUCGUAGGCCAUUUCCAUUCCUAUCCGAAUCAGAGGAUUUAGAGUCGUAGGACAUUUCCAUUCCUAUCCGAAUAAGAGGAUUUAGAGUCGUAAGACAUUUCCCUUCCUAUCCGAAUCAGGGGAUUUAAAGUCGUAUUACUUUUCCAUUCUUAUCCGGAUCAGAGGAUUUAAAAUCAGUACUUUUUCAUUCUUGUCUGGAUGAGAGUUGCUCUCAUUGUCGCCCCUGUGAUCCAAAUGACCUUGAUCUCGACAUCCGUUUCCCUGUAUGUCUCCCCGUUAAAUAUUUUAAGUGUUUCUUUGUGAUUGAAGUUAUAUAUUACAGUGACAUGUCCGUUAGACAGAAAUGUAAUGUAAAUUUAGUAAUGCGGAUUGUAGAUAACUCUUACAAUAUUUGAUUUUUGAUAACUGAACCAACAACACAAACAAAACAGAAAGAUGGUUAUUUUUGUUAAUGUUUGUUGGAUUUUGUUUUGAUAAUAAUGAUUAGUGUUAUUAUUGUUAAUAUGUUUUACGGUGUGACCGUCGAGACGAAUGAAGAUCCUUAACAUCUUGCAACACGACUUUAGACAUUGAAUCCGCAUAUUCAGUUAACGUUGGAGAUAUAGCGCAGUGGAUGUGAAUUUACAGUGCAUUUUGACGUCAUAUUACCUGCGCUGAUAAUUUCGAUUAUUAACAUUUUUCUUGCAAACCAAGCAAUUAUCAACAAUAACAAAACGUACAAACGUAUGAGAAAGCUUGUCUGGAAAUAAAAACGUUUUUGGUACUUUCCAUACAAUUUAUUCCUUUGAUCUACGGGGUUAUCGGUAAAGUAUACCGUAGUGACGGCGACAUUUUUACAGAGCGCUAUGGGUAAUCCUCGUCAUAUACUACAAAUCACGUAACUCCAAUGAGUGAGCUCACUCCCAUCUUGCUAGGCAAGAAUUUAUGACCAACUCUGCAUCUCGAUCUACUACAACUGUUGUAGAAAAACGAAGUGAAUCGUAAACCCUUCAGUGGCUAGAGAAGAUGGCUCGCUUCGCGACAGGAGAUUCGCUCAAUAUUAUUUUUCAAAAUAUGCCCCAGCUCUUUCAUGUAAUUCAUUUUAUUUUAUUAGCAAACCAUGAGGAUGAUAAAGAAAAUAAAUAUAUAAGUUGGACAUGCUAAAAAAGUCCCUCUCUCAUCAAAAGUAUGGCGAAUCCCACUUAUAAGUACAAUAAAAGUUAAAUAGGUUUUGAUUCAAUGCCUUUUAAAAUUCAUCAGUUCUCGGGUAGCACAGUGGAUGGAGGCGUAGCGCAGUGGAUGGAGACACAAGAAUGGCAGUAAAUCUCGAGCCACCCAGAGGUUGUUACUAUUUCACAACUACGGUAUAUUAUAUUACAUGUAUAUAUAUUCUACAUUUUGUAGUCAUUACAAUAUUGAUAUGUGUAUUAUAUUUCUGUAAAUGCAAUCUAUGAACAAUAUAUAUGUUGUUUUGCCAAGAAGAACUGAUUUUGUGGGGGGGGGGGGAUUACAAAGUUACACUUGAUGGAAUAUCUCGUAACCCGUCCUUUGUAUUGAGGUAUAAGUUGUGGGAGCUGUUACUGUAUGAUAGGUGCUACAUUAUGAUUCGUUGUACAACACAUGGAAGUGCAGUAUCCAUGGUGAUAAAGGAAACGCUUCAUUGAGCUUGUAAAGUUGUUGUUGAAAAUAAAAUAUUAUGAAUUAUU